AUGAUUUUUCAUCUACUAAAAAUCGCUUUUUAAUUUCUCUUGUAUCAUUUGAAAGUCCCAUGCUUUCAACAUACUCUUCAAGAGGUCUUUAUCUGGUUGGCAUCAUUGGCACGAUGCUCAAAGCUGCAAAUAUCAGCCAAUGGUGUAAA